AUGGCACAGACCCGACACGCGAAGCCCCCUCGACCACCGAGUCGCAGCCGGUUCCUCGAGGGCUCCAUGAACGACCGCACAUCCACGGCGCCCCCUUUGCAGUAUAUUGGCGCAUCGCAGAUGGAAAUCGACGAGUUCGCAAAGCCUACGCUCGUGACGACCAUCCACAGCAUCGACCAGCAGCACGAGCAGCAGUCACCAGCACCAGGUACCGCGACGAAGCGAGGGAGCAAACAGCUUCUGGGACAAGUAUGGGAAGGCGUCCGUGACAAAUUCCGCAUAAAGAGAGACAAGGAGCCUGCGCUGGCCGCAGCAGCCGUCCCUCCAGCGGACAAGAGGGAACCGUCGCCCAACGACGACCGGCCAACCAAGGAGGAAAUCUACGCAAACUACCAAAACCUCAUGGCGUCCGGCUUCUUUGCCUCCCACGCCAUCCAGUCGACGCGCCAGCCAGCACCAGGCACAGACCCAGUCUGGCCUCUCCCCCAGCGCCCAACGACACCAUCCACCGCACAGCAACAUCCCCAUCAUCUCCGCGCGCCCCCUACGGCGUCACCUGUCCACUCGCCAGCCAGCGCCUCGUCGCGCGGCACCAAGCGCGCCGCCACCCUCGACGACGACGAACCCAUCCCCCUCUCCAACAAGAAACUCCGCAAGGCAGGUUCCUCUCGGGACAUUGCGAUGCCAAAACUUCGCUCGUCGACACGUCUCGCCCAGGCACGCUCCUUUAGCAACGCACGCACCGCCGCCAUGGAACUACAGCAGCAGCAGCAGCAGCAGCAAGGCCGGGAGCCCAACAAGCUCACGAAGCGUGUACUGAAGGGUAGCAACCCCCCCGUCCCCGUGCCGGAGCGUGGUGCCUCGAGGCGUAAUUUUAGUGACAUACUCACCCGCAUCGGCCCCCACCAGCAGCCGCAGCAGGACGACACGACGAUGACAACGGCAGCGCCCGUGCGCGUGCUGCGACCCAGAAGGAGCGCGGCGGACCAUGGCGGCAGGGUGUUGCGGGUCAAGCCUAGCAUCAACGAGGGCAUACCGGGCGUCCCCGACAUACCGCCCAAGUUUACGUAUGGGGAGGAUAGGGAGAAUGACGGGCCGUGGAGGGGUCUUAGAAGGGCUGCUCAUUGA